GAGCUUUCAAGUAAUAUAGAUCCAAAAUGAAAUUCUUCGUAGCUUUGGUUGCCGUUUUGGCCGUCGCUGCCGCCAACCCACUGCCGGUAGUGCAGAUCAUUGUCAACCUAGAAGGAUCUGGAGUGGACGCCGUAUCUAUUGACAAGCCAAUUGAAUCUGAAGUGGCACCAGUGGUUCCCGGUCCAAUCGUCAUGCCUACCCCUGUGUUGCCUGAGAGCCCUGUGAUCCCAGACCUCAUCGUGUUACCUACCCCAGUUCUUCCUGUCUUGCCUGAGAACCCCGUGAUCCCCGAUCCCAUUGUGUUACCUGCUCCAGUUCUUCCUGUCUUGCCCGAGAGCCCUGUGAUCCCCGACCCCAUCGUAUUACCUGCCCCAGUUUCUCCCAUCUUACCUGAAAACCCCGUGAUCCCCGACCCCAUCGUACUACCUGCCCCAGUUUCUCCCAUCGUACCUGAGAGCCCCGUGAUCCCCGACCCCAUCGUAUUACCUGCCCCAGUUUCUCCCAUCGUACCUGAGAGCCCCGUGAUCCCCGACCCAAUCGUAUUACCUGUCCCAGUUUCUCCUGUCUUACCUGAGAGCCCUAUUGCCACCCCUGGACUCAUCAUUCUCCCCACUCCUCAGCUUCCUAUUGCCAUCCCUGAAUCAAUCCUUCUCCCAAGCCCUGUUAUCCCUGUAGUUCCCGAGUCUGUAGUUCUACCAGAACCUGUUCUGCCCGGCGUUGUCCCUGAAGCUAUCGUGCUCCCUGAACCACUGAACUAAAUCUGUUCACCAAUGGUUUAACUUAUAGGAAAUAAACCGGCAAUAUAACUUGAUGAUAACAAUAAUAAUUUUAAAUUAAACACUCAA